AUGAAUUAAAACAAUACAAUAAAUAUUAGAGCAAUCAGAAAUAAGAAAUCAAUUAAAAAGGACUUGUCAUUAUAACCAAAGAACAUUCAUGAUCAAUACUACUAAGAAUCUGAUGACAGUGAAGAUGAAAAAAUCUUAUCAAAAAUUGGAAGAUUGCAAACAAAGAAAUACAAAGAUAAAGAUUUCAUAGGUUAUGAUGAGAAUCUUAACAAAAUUCAGAAGAAAAAAUAGUUCCAAGAUACCAUUGAUGAAUUCAUUAAUAAGACAGAAAACAAAGAUUGGUGGAGAGUGGUCAGAGAUGAAAUGAACAACCAAGAUGUAGUAUUAAGUGACAAGCAAUUGUAAUUGUUAGACAGAAUUAGAACAGGCAAAACUGCAAUCAAAUUAGCAGAUGAUUAUUACUUUGAACAUGAAGAUUUCAAUCAAUUUGAUCUCCUCUCGUCAUACAAUCCAAAGCGUAGGUUCUUGCCUUCAAAAUGGGAAAGAAUCAAAAUUAAUAAAUUAGUAUAAGGCAUUAAAUUGGGGAGAAUUGUGUUGAAUCCACCCCAAAAAGUGGAGAAGAUAUUUGACAUCUGGGAGAAUGUAGCUGAAGAUCAAGUGCUAAGCAAAUACUUACCAGCAAGAAUACCAGCUUCUAAGGCUCAAUUGCCAUCUAAUGUUGCUAGUUAUAAUCCUCCAGAAGAGUAUCUCUUUACUGAAUAAGAAAAGCAACAAUGGUUGUAAACUGACCCAGAAGACAGAGAAAUACCAUUCAUCCCAUAGAAGUUUAAACAUUUAAGGAAUGUUCCUUCCUCAGAACAAUUAGCAAAGGAUUUAUUCAAUCGAUGCUUGGAUUUAUAUUUGGCACCUAGAAUUAGAAGAAAGAAGUUGAUGAUGAAAUCUACAGACUUUCUACCAGAAAUUCCAAAACCAGAGGAAUUGAAACCAUUUCCAACAAGAUUGAAUUUUGAAUUUGGUUAGAUUGAUACCACCAAAUCUGGACAAGUGAAACAGAUCUCGAUAUCAUAAGAUGGUUAGAUCUUGGGAGUGUGUUAUGAAUAUGCAGUUGCAUUCUUUGACGCUAAAACAACAAAGUGUUUACUUACUAAAUGGUAAUCAGAGGAUAAACAAUUUUUGGGAUUGGAUUUCAGUUAAUCUGGAUUAAUUUGUAUUCUAUAAUCAAAUGGAUUCAUAAUCUUAAAUUCGUAUAUCGAUAAGCGAUAACAUCCUAAUGUUGAAGAUGGUGAAAAAGCAAAUAAGCAAAUUCCCAAAAAUUCUAACAAUGUCUUUGAGUGGAAUUUUGAAUUGGAUGACAAUGUGUUUCAACAAUUACUUGAAGUGAAAAUGCCUUAUGAUCCCUUGUAUGCUUAAUUUCAUAGUAAAUCUGAUUACAUUGUGAGUACAUAACCUCAUACACAUGUGAAAUCCCAUUGCAUUUUGGUUCAUUCCAUCAGUAAAUCAUCAACAUCGAUUCCCUUUUAAAAUAUGAAAGCAUCUACUGAAGUCUAAUAGACUAUCUUUCAUCCUACCAAACCAGAACUAUAUAUCAUGACUAACAAAAACAUUUUCAUUUAUUCACUAACCAAAUAAUAAUUGAUGAAAAAGCUAUUGGCAGGUAAUCAAUAAAAUUCAACAAUUGCAAUUCACCCAUACGGAGACAAUUUAAUUGUUGGAUCUAAUGAUCAAAAGGUGUGUUGGUUUGAUUUAGAUAUGGGCAAAACUCCUUUCAAGAAGAUGAGUUACCAUAAAAAUGGAGUCAGGCGUGUGAUAUUCCAUAAGACUUAUCCUUUAUUUGCCUCCUGCUCUGAUGAUGGAACUAUCAACAUCUUCCAUUGUCGUAUUAGUACUGAUUUGAAUUAAGCACCAGUAAUUCUACCUUUGAAAGUGUUGAAGUAAAAGAAGAAGGAGUCUGUAAUGGAUGUUGCAUUUCAUCCAACUUAGCCAUGGAUUUAUUCAGCAAGCAAAGAAGGAGUAGUAAGUCUAUGGACUUGA